AUGUCCGACGACGAAAACGACCAAACCAACACCAACCCCUCCUACGAGACCAGCACCAAAGCUUUCUCAAACGGCUUUUACGAAGAGCACACCUACGGAUACUCUUUCAACGACCUCGCAGGCGAUAUCAGUGAGAUGGCUAGCAACAUCGUCGAAACGCUCAUCACUGUAUACCCCGAACUUGACACUGAGCGCAAGAGCGCAUUGGCGAAUGAGAUAAUUGCGCGUAGUCUUCGGGAGAGGAGAAUUCCGGGGGAUAUUUUCAAGCUUUCUGUCAAUGAAAGUGCGUUCGAUCUAUCAGUGAAGAAGGACGAGAAGGAGAAUGGGCAGCAGGAGGAGCAGGAGAUUGAGAAGGAAGAGGCGAAAUGA